AUGAGGACGACCACGCUCAGCCGACUGAUCAGGUUCGGCCUCCACAUUUACGGUAUACAGCCGUACGUACCGUCCGCUGUGGUGUUCAGAUUGUACUGGAUCGUAGCGCUGAGCAUAGCCCAAAUCUUUCAAUACCGAUACGUGGUGGUGAACAUUCAUAUGGACGACUUCUCCGAAUACAUGGACGGUGUCAGCAGCGCAAUGACAUCCUCUCUGCUCUACAUUAAGCUCGUUAUCCUUUGGACCCAUCAACGAAUAUUUUUCGAUGUCUCGCAAAUGAUGUCUGCGGAUUGGCACGAUUCCUCGAAACGCUCUAACUCGCGCAUAAUGACGGACGCGGCGAAUCUUGCACGUCGCACUUCGAGAUGGAUCGUCGGCAUGCAAAUUGCCUCCGCAACUUUCUACAGUGCCGGCGUGCUCGCCGCUAAUGCAAACAGUCCCGAGAAAUUAGAGCCGUACGAGCGAGAGCUUAUUCUGAAGAUGGGAUUCCCAUUCAACAUUAGUACUAAUUUUAUUUACACGGUAGUUCAAAGCGUUCAAUUUUAUCAUCUGUUUUUAGUCGCCUGGGGCAUUACGAUUAUCAAUUCACUUCUUGUCACCCUGAUACUUCACAUCUGCGGUCAAAUCGACAUUCUUCGAGAAUGGUUGACGAAAAUCUUUUCUAAAAAUUCAGCGGAUUUGAUGGACAAAAUUACAAUGCGAUCGUUGAUUAUAAAGCACCAGCGAAUUAUUGUAUUUGCGGAAAAUAUCGAGACCCUCUACACGUACAUCGCAUUAAUGAUGCUUUUAUCUGACACAAUCAUUACAUGCUGCUUAGGAUUUAUUAUCGUUAGCUCACUUGGCACACCCAAUGUUGUAGCGAUUUUGGUGAAAUCCGUAAUAUUCUACAUCUCGAUGAACGCCGAGGCAUUCAUAUACUGCUUCUGCGGUGAAUAUCUGAGCGCCAAGAGCAAAAUGAUUGGAAGCGCGGCGUACGAUUCUCUAUGGUACGAUUUUCCAGCCAAAGAAAGUCAAACUGUACUGUUCCUCAUUGCGAGAUCGCAGAAAAGAUUGACGAUCACGAGCGGAAAAAUUGUCGACCUUACACUGGAACGAUUUACUAGCGUAUUAAAGGCAUCGUUGUCGUAUAUAUCAGUGCUAAUGGCGAUGUAUUGAAGACAAAUAGGUAAUGUAUUGUAACAUAAAGCAAUAAAGUGUGCACAAAGUAGAAUUUAAUAAC